UUCUUGCGGCCGAUCCCGGCUGCGGCGUGGGAAAGAGCCGCGAGGAGCCGACCGCGCCGCCGCGGGAGCCGCGCCUUCCCGGACCCAAAGAGGGAGGGAGGAAGGGAGGAAGGGAGGAGGCUGGCAGGGCCCCUGGGCGCUGCGCCCCGCUCCGCGUUGGUGGCUCGGGCUGGGCUGUUCCCCACGCCGUCUUCGCCGCGAUGAAGCGCCCUUGCGAGGAGACGACCUCCGAGAGCGACAUGGACGAGACCAUCGACGUGGGAAGCGAGAACAAUUACUCGGGGCAAAGUACUAGCUCUGUGAUUAGAUCAAAUUCCCCAACAACAACAUCUCAGAUUAUGGCAAGAAAGAAAAGGAGAGGGAUAAUAGAGAAAAGGCGUCGAGAUCGAAUAAAUAACAGUUUAUCUGAGUUGAGACGACUGGUGCCAACUGCUUUUGAAAAACAAGGAUCUGCAAAGUUAGAGAAAGCCGAAAUACUGCAAAUGACAGUAGAUCAUCUGAAGAUGCUUCAGGCAACUGGGGGUAAAGGCUACUUUGACGCACACGCUCUGGCCAUGGACUUCAUGAGCAUUGGCUUCCGGGAGUGCCUAACGGAAGUGGCCCGGUACCUGAGCUCCGUGGAGGGCCUGGACUCCUCCGACCCCCUGCGGGUGCGACUGGUCUCUCACCUCAGCACGUGUGCCUCGCAGCGGGAGGCGGCGGCCAUGACGUCCUCUCUGGCCCACCACCACCAUCCCCUGCACCCGCACCACUGGGCGGCAGCCUUCCACCACCUCCCCGCGGCGCUGCUCCAGCCCAACGGACUCCACGCGUCCGAGGCCACGCCUUGCCGCCUCUCCACCGCUUCGGAAGCGCCUCCUGCCCACGGCUCCGCCCUCCUCACGGCCACGUUCGCCCACGCCGACUCCGCCCUUCGGAUGCCGGCCACGGGCAGCGCGGCGCCCUGCGUGCCGCCUCUCUCCACCUCCCUCUUGUCCCUGUCCGCCACUGUCCACGCGGCCGCGGCCGCGGCCACCGCAGCGGCGCACAGCUUCCCUCUGUCCUUCGCGGGGGCCUUCCCCAUGCUCCCCCCUAACGCAGCUGCAGCCGUGGCAGCCGCCACAGCCGUCAGCCCGCCCUUAACCGCGUCGGCCACGUCCAGCCCGCAGCAGACAAGCGGCGGAACAAACAGUAAACCUUACCGACCCUGGGGGACAGAAGUGGGAGCUUUUUAAGUUUUCACUGAACUUUUUGCGGUGGUAACCGAAUGUCCUUCGUUUCCGAGUCAGCUUAAACCUCUGCACCCUGAGAGUAGCCAUACAGAUGUCUACAGAUCCACAAAGGAGCAAUAAAGCUAUUUGAGACACAAACCUCACAAGUGGAAAUGUGGUAUUAUCUUUUUUCUCUUGUUUUGUUUAGGGCAGCUUGGUAACUGACAUCAGCAACUUUUGAAAACUUCACCCUUGUAUUCAUUUAGAAGUUUCCUGGAAGAUAUAUGGACUGUAUCAUCCAGCAGUGCAUCAGUAUGUCUGAAUUGGGGAAGGGGGGGCGGAGGGAAGUCCUGACUGGAUUCUCUUUAAACUAGAUGAAAAAAAAAAUUCGUGUUUCAUAAGUGCCUGAGCUAGUAAAGUUUUCUUCUGAAUAUAUAACAUUGCACAAGUAAAGAGCGUAGAGGUUAGGUUAAGAAAGGAAAGGGACAGAAGUCUUACAUUAGGCUGCAGACAUUUUAAUACAGUGCCAGAGAAGAGUACUGUGUUGAAACCAACAGGUUUUUAUUGGCCAAAAGGAUUGCUGAAAAUAAUUUUCAAGUUGAAAGACCCUAGUUUUAUCUUAGUUUGCUUUCUUUGUACAGACUUGCCUGCCAAGUGGUGACAUUUAGCAAUGCAUUGGUAUAAGCAAUUAUUCCAUCAGUGCUCAGAUUAACAACCAUUUCUGCCCUGCCUGCAAGCCCCCAGGCACUCUUUUCAUGGCUCAAAAUAUGGUGCUUCUUUAUGUAAACCAUGCAUUUAUAUAGAGAGUGCACCUAAAAGCAGUUGCCUACCAUGUGCCCAUUUGAUUCAUGCCAACUUGAAAAUUCUUCAGUUUGUAAAAGUCUAGGUUAAUUUAUUGUUUCAUUUGGACUCUUUUUACAUACUUACCCUCUUCAUUUCGUCCUGAUAAUGUGUAAUAUCUAUUCUCGUCACCCUUUGGGAAAAGUUGCAUUUCUGGAGGUGAUGAGACAGAGAUAGAGCAUUGGGAAGAGAAAAGCCACGAUUUUUAAAAGCUCUUUGUCAAGCUUAUGAUUGCAUUUGAUCCCAAAUCAAGAUGAAUGUAUGCAAUGGGAUGUACAUAAAUUAUUUUUGUUCAUGCCUAGACUAGUGCUACAUAAUGGUGUUUUUCUUUUGUUUUUUUUUAUUCUGUUUAAUGACAAAGUAAUCUCUUAAUACAUUAAAAUUGAGUACAUGAGAUUUUAUGUUUGAAAGAUAAAGACACAGCAUGCAUUAUUAUGCACUUCAUUUCUCUGCUGUGUGGAGAAAGCAAUAAACAUGAGAAUGUUAAACAUUAUGCAAAAUUAUACUUUUUAAAUAUUUGUUUAAAAUUAUUGUACCCAGUCUUUUUUGCAUUACUUUGUAACCUUUUUCUAUGCAGAAGUCUACAUAUCACUAAUUAAAUGAAAUCCUUUUUGACUAUUUUUAUGUGGAUGAGUUGCUUUGCAGAAUGGAAAGUUGACAUGAAUUUCAAGCAAGGCCUUCUUACAUUAACAGUUUAAGCCAUGGCUUUUCUUUUUCUCUUUCAGAGUCAUUUAAUAUAAUUAAUAUAAUUCACAGCUUGCCUGAAAAUAACAUUUAUCUGAGCUUGUAAAUCAGUUAAGCAUAGGCGGGUAUGACAUUAUUGGAGACAGGAAGUGAUCAGUUUCCUAUGCCUUUUAUUCUUAACCAUGGUUCUUGGAAAAGUGCAAAUAUAAGAACUCCAAAUAAUGGUAAACUGAACCUAGGAUAAUAAGCUAGAAUGUGUCAUACAUUUUGUAACUCAAAAACGUUUGUAGAGGGUUUUUAAAACAUCACAUGCAUAUGUGAUAAGCAUAUACAUGCUUCUUGAUGAUAAAUCCUCUGUACCUACCUCAAUGAAACUUUCUUUUGAUGCUGUAGAAAUUAUGCACAUAUCUCUCCCUCUUCAGUGAAGCCUAGAAGAGAUUAUUUCAGUUCCUGAAGCUUUUGGGCCAAACAUAAGAAAAGAAUAAAAAAAGAAUGUUUUUUAUUCAUAUCAGUUAUCCUCACAGUUAAAGGAAAGAGUGCGAGGUUUCUUACAUUAUUUUAGUUUUGAAAAGUUACAUAGUUUUUCUAAUUUUUGUCUAUAAGUGGUUAAAAAAAAAUGAGCAAAAACAGAUCACUUUGUUCCUCCUGUCUGUAAGUUCUGUGGUUAUUGUAUCUUCAAUUAGCUCUGAUGGAAUUAGGUAGUAAAUAAGAAAAUGAAUUUAGUAGUAUUUGAAGUUUGCUUUUUAAUCAUGAUUUGUGGACAAUAGGCAUAGAAAUAAUUCUUAUUUUAAGAUCUAAUACUGAUUCUGUGCCUGUUGUAAUGUCAGCAUUCAAAGAAUUUCUUUUCCUUUUUUGGAAUGUAAACCAUUUUAGAGAUCAGGAAUUUUUAUUUUUAAUUUUGAUUAAAUAUUUUAAGAUAAAUCCUCUUUCUUCCUCCUUUCCUCCCUUUCUUGUCCUUUUUGUUUUUUCCUUAUAUUUUUUCCUUCUCAGUUACAUAUGGGUUGUUAUUUUUCCAAUUAAAUGAUUAAAAUAUUUGCAAAACAAAUUGCUACAUAGUUGCUAAAGGUUGUCUUAGUUCCUAAAGUUAAUUGUUGUCUGUAAUUUUGGUCAUGUGAAUUUGUUUCUUGAUAAAUGUUUCACAUCCUCAGCUGUUAACAUCACAGUACACUGUUAAAAAACAAAAUGCAACUAAGUAAAUUUAAAGACCAAAUUGGCUUUAUUCAACAAUUCAUGAAUUGGGCAGCAUCCCAUCUAGCAAAUAGAAAGGAGUUGGAAGAAGCCAUACGAAAUGGAAGGCUUUUAUAGGCAGAAGGGGGCUGAAAAAGGAAGUUUGUAACAAAGAGUGGAUUGUUUCAGGGAAGGUCACCUUCCUUGGGGGUGGGGGGCCUGUGACACAGAUGACCUCACUGGUACUGAUGGGUUAAUUCCAAAUUGACUGGUUAAAGGUCACUGCAAUUUGGUUAGAUAGUAAGUCUUGGUUUGCUGAUGCGGGGCUUGCACAAGUGACUCCAUUUUGAGCCUGUU